UUGACUUCAACAAACAGAUCAGCAAAUAGAUAUUCGACGAUUUUUGGAAAAAAAUAUCGCAGAAUUCAUCCAACACCAUCCGGUGUGUGGGUUUUGUUGUGCAUCUGGCGAACAGGUUAGCGCUUUGAUGCGUAGAGCAUUUUGCGUUGUGAUCGAGUUAUACUUCAUGUAAAUUCGGUAGAUUUUGAAUGCUGUAAACAUAAAUUUAUCGGUAGUGCACCUGAAAGAUGUCUGAAUACGUACACAACAUGAACGACGCCGUGCUGGAUCUAACCAAAAGAGCAUUCGAGACGAUGGGAUUUAAGAUGUACGAUCAAAACGGCUUACACUGCAAUUCAUUGAAACACCUAAUUAUAGCGCCCAAUGUUAUUGUGAAGAACCUCAAGCCACCGUCCUUGUUGCCUGUGUCUGAUGCUACACUUAGAGACAUGUUUGACAUUCCGGAUUACGAAGAGGGCGACCUGUACAAAAGCAAUAUGGCACGUAUUUCGUGCGUUCAGCUUCAGAUUAAAUCGCUGAUGGAAAUUGUUCACCAUUUUGAGGAGGAGCUCGUAUCUGAAAAUCCGUAUGCAGCCUUUGAGAUGCAUACUAAAGAACAAAUCAAAAACCAAGAAUGUGUGGUGCUAAAAAUCAGCAAAAGCUCUCAACGCGAACACAACACAAUUCGCCGUAACCUAUCAAAACAGCAGAAAACGGCGACGUCAAACAAUCCGACGCAGAGUGUCGAGAUAUCGAAUCCAACGAAGGACGAGUUGCUAGCAACAAAGCGCCAAGAUGCGAUGCGCGAGUUUCAGUUGUUGGUGCAACUCGUAAAAUACAUUAUCACAGAAUUGGUGAGCACAGAGUUGGUGAACAAGCAAAAUGUGAUAGCAAGCCUGCGCACUAUUCGGCAUUCCUACGAAAGAUCCGAGGAGCGCCAGAAACCAAUAGCAAAUCAGAUUUCGGUCGUUAAUUCAUCACAAAUUCACCAUAGUCAAAUAGCAGCAACCUCCAAAAACCAGGGCAAUUCGAUGUCAUCAACAGAGCAAUCGGAAAACAGUCAUGUAGCUUCCACUUCAAAGAAGCCUAGAAAAAAUGAAGAAAACAAUACAGAGGAGUUCCACCUUUUUUAGACAUCAAAACAGGAAAUACGAAAUAAAACAUCGGUUGUUUCGGGAAAUAAAAUGUAAUGCUAUAUGAACUUAAAAAAAUUUGAGUUCAAGAUUGGUUCAAAGAAAUCACUAUACUAAAUUGGUUACUUCAAUGUCGAAUUAUUC